AUGGGUAACCUGGUAACCACAGAGCCCAAGUCUCUUCAGAAGUUGGGUUUGGUGGCCUACUCUACUGAGAGAUUGACAGAAGAUGAAUGAACCCAGGUAACGACAAGGUCUAUACUGCAAGAAGAAUCAGCUAAACUGUGUGCUAUACGCAGGGAGGAGUUUUGCCUUCAGGCUCAGAUGUUUCUGUCUUGCUCUCAUGUUUUCCACAGAAACUUUAUGCAGGCCUUUGAGUGGUAUUCUGGUAGGAAACGUGUAAUUCAUGACGCUGCUUGACUUUACAGACGUCACUGUGCUACCAGGAUUCAAGCAUAUUGGCGAGUCUAUGUUGCUUGUAAAAAGUACAAAAAUAUCCAGAAAAUCAAGUUCCCCAAAGACAAAAAGAUGAGUCACCAGUUCUUGGAGCAAAGGUCGCAGGAACUGAAUGACAGCUUUGUCCGAUACUGUCACACCGACACGGAGGCUUUUCUGAGUGAUAUCGACCGUUCGCUGUCAUCAAGCAGACGGGUCUUCGAACAGCUGGAGAGAAAAGGCGUCUCAGAACCUCGGGAGAACGAGUGGGAGCGACUGAAGAGCCAGGUCGGAAACAAGACACAGUUGGUCAUAAAAUCCUGGAUUCUUUUUCCAACCUUGCCUUCCUCCUAACAUGUUAAAGCUUGCAAUGAGACAAGAGCUUCAAAGCUGCUGCAUAAAGAGCUCGGAUCUCCACAGAUGUGAUCAUUCAGUUUACAAUGUGAAUGUAGAUAUGUGGGAGUAGUAGUCUUUUGUUUACUAAAAACAGAAGCAAGUCUGA